AUGGUGAAAUCAAAGGUAUCCUAUGUUGUCCUGAAAUCAGAUGUGGUAGGCAAAGGCAAGCCUGCUGUAAUCCUCAAACACGGAGGUCACGUGGAGCCGUUGUCAGAGCUUGGUGGUCAGAAACCAGCAUCAGGUGCUGAGAACACAACAGGGCCAUGGUUGUGUCAUUCCUGUGGUUCUAAUGAAGAACCUAUUCACUUUGAAACUUACUAUCUGUACAGGCGUCAUCUCCAGGAUGUGCACAUGGAGAAGAUUGAUGCUCGGAUAUGUGAGCACUGUGGUCAUCGUGCCAGCAAACGCAAUCUCUUGCUUUACCAUCUCUAUACAAAACAUGGUGUCCCUCCUCCACGAAACUGUCAGUUUCCUAAGUGUGAUCAGUGCGACUAUGUGGCACUUAGUGAAAGUCUUCUCAUCAAGCAUCGCAACAAUCACUCCAAUAACAAAGAAUUUGUUUGCAAAGUGUGCAAUGCUACUUUCAAGAGUAAUGGAGCUUUACAAGGUCACAUGCAAACUAAUCUUCAUUCAGAUCCAUCCAAGAAACUGUAUGACUGUCCAUUCUGCCAGAAACCAUUUGUACGCAACAUAAAUCUCAAGGCACAUAUUCGUACCAGUCACAAAGAGGUAAUUCGUAAAAUGGAUGAGGAAGAAAAGCUACACAUGGAAGCCACACAUAAGCAGUUUGCAAAUCUGCAACACUUUGAAGAUGGAGAAGAAGCUCAUGCUUCAGAUGCAGCAGGGGAAGAUAGUCUCAAUGCUGACGAAGAGGAGGAUGGAGAAAUGGUUGAGGUACCUGUAAUUGAUGCUGUUAUGCAGAAACCAAGCACUGGCACAGUGAUGCUACCAUCAGGAGUAACUGUGCUAGCUGAGGCUCCUGCAGUCCAGUCAUUGGUUCCUUCAUCCGAAGCAGAGGCUUUGAGCAAUGUUGCGAGUGGCAUUGCAGCUUCCCUUGGCCUUGCAGACACACUGACAGGAGAACAGACAGUAAUAGUAUUGGAUGAUAAUCAGGAAUUUAUUCUGCAUUCCACAGAAAUUGUAGGGGAAGAGAUAACUUCAACAGAUGGAAAUGAUGUAGAUGUAAGUGGUGUAGGAGCAGGAGAAUUGCAGGAAUACAUUGUGCCAGAGAUAAUGCCUGAUGAGGGCCAGGAACAGGAGGACCAGUCUUACUCUGGUCCUCUGUCAGAUCUGGAACAUUAUUCUGGGGAAACAAAUUCUGCCAUGACAGUUCCAUCCCACCAGACAGCAACUGCACCGCCUCCAGUCAGUGUGGCUGUAUCAGUUGCAGGUGGCGAUGAAGUAACAAUGGUUCUUACUGAUCAUGAUUAUGCUCCAAUGAGGGACACCAGUGGUGAUGGGGUAAUGUUCUUAAUAGCACAACCAACAGAACAGGCUGAAGAACACAAUGUGAAGUGUCCUGUCAGUGACCGUGAAUCAGAGCCAGAACUGCCUGUGCUCGAGAAAGAGCCACCGCCACCUGAGCUGACGGCAGAGUCAGCCUGUGCUGUUCCAUCAGAGAUCAAAUAUAGCAAUAUCCCACCUGUUCUUACAAGAGAGAGUAUAAUUCCUCAUGAGGGGAGUGACAGUUUAAUGUCAGCAGCUGAUGAACAGAUUAUUAGUGAAAGUGUAGUCUCAGAAGGAAAUGAUGUUAUGGUAACUGAAGAAAUGCCCCCAACUGCUGAAGGAGGUAUUCAGGAAGUAUCAGAAGAAGCAAAUAACCAAGAAACACAAAUGGAACAUGUGGAACAAUUGAAUAGAAAUGAAGGUGAAAGAGGAAAAGAAAUAGUAACUAAUGGAAGAGAGCAAGAAGUAAAAGUGAUAAUGGUAGGUAGUGUAGAUGAUUUGAGGUUGAAAGAAACAUCUGCAACAGAAAGCAUCAUCCAAGAGGAUAAGGAACAGGAAGCAGUAGUUGUAGAAGGAGAAAGAGUAGGAGGAGAGGAUGAACAUGAUGACAGUGAUGAAACAAAGCAAGCUUCAACCAUGAAAACCUAUUCUCCCAUGAAAAAGCCAGUUGCCAAUAAUGCACCAGUAAGAAGACAGCCACCUGUUCAAAUGGCAGAUAUUGUGAAAGAAUGGGAUGAUUUUGAUGAUGAUGAAGAUAAUAUUUCAGAACCAUCUCAACAGUCAGAAUCAGAAAAGAAACCAGAGGCCUCUGAAGGGGAGCCAGAAGUAUUGCGAGGUCCAGUGAGUGGGGAGCAGUGAGUAGUAAACUGAACAUAGAAAACUGGGAUAAUUCAUAAAUUUACCACUUGUGACUGUGAGUACUGUGUGUUAUAUUUGGAUAUAGAAUGACUGAAGUUAUGCAGAUAUUCACAUGCUUCCCUGCAUUUUAUUAUAUCAGUAUGUAGCAUGCAAGUGAAAGUGUCUUUAGAAGCUGAUUUAUUAUUGGUAUGGGAAUAUGUCUCCCAGAAACUGAAAUAUAUUGGAAGUAUGUUAUGAACGAUAAUUUGAAAGUAAUCUAUUUUGUAUCCAAUUUCCCUUUCUUUCCAGUAGAAUAAUGAAUUAACUUUGAUGGUAGUGAUGUACUAGUAUGGUAUUAAUGUACCAUGAAUAUGUUUUUAAUGAUCUCUUUAUGUUUGUGCUCUUAUAUUGUUUUCUUUUUUAUUUUAUAGUGCAUUGCCUCAUUUUAUCUCAAACCAUAUUACUUUUAAGCCCACUGAAUAUUACAUGACGUUAAUCCAAUUAUUGAGCAGUUCACUUAUAAAUUAUUUUAUAACGAGUUUCGUAACUAUUUAAGAUAGUGACAUAUUUUGUACAGCAUAUAUUCUAUUUGAAGAGCAAAGAGUAGCUUUUGUUAUUUUUUGUAACAGCACAAAUGUAGAUUUCAUAAAUUUUGUGCACAAAUCUUGAAAAGUUUCUUCAUCAAAAAGAAAAUACCACCACACUUGGGCUGCUAUGAAGUCUGUAUAUACCAAAUUACCAAAUGACUCAUGUACUAAGAAGAGCCUUAUAUGUAUAAUUUGAAGUGAUUACUAAUAAUGCCAUAAUUGAUGCAGCUUAUUUUGCAUAAUCGCCAAAGUUGCCUCAUCAGAUUGCUAUCAUUCAGACUGUUUAUUAGAUAUUUGUAGUCAAGUCCAUCAACAGUGAGUAUUCCUGUUUAUAAUUACUGAAUAUUAGUGUUCAGUGAGAAAGUGGAACUGUGCUACAUAUAGUAUAUAAGAUUAACAACUUUUCAAUUUGUAAUUGAAAGGAAGUCUAUUUGCAACCACACCUGCUGGCCAACCUUAAAACACAUUUAAUAUACGAGUUAAAAAUUUCAAAUGUACACUAUUUAUUCAGGAGUAGACUAUUUUUCAGAUGUACCCAUGUUCCACAAUAUGGUUAUCAAUAAAAGUGCAACCA